AUGCAUCGGCUAAUUGUGAAGAAAAAGGAGCAGGAGCGGAAGCGCGCCGUCAAAGCGGCCCGGCUUCGGAAAGUUCCCGACGAAGCAACGGGCCUGGUUCGCGCGGCGCCGCCAACGUCCAUCAGCCCAAUCAGCGAGUUGAAGCCGCGGAGGCUUACCCGCGACCUGACAGCCAAGGCCCUCACCAAGUGGUUGAUUGAAGGCAUACAUGUGACGUCAUCUUCUCGCACUCCGCCCCGCGCCGUACUCCGGCCUCUGCCCGUGUGUACCAACGGCACGGUGGUCUUUGCCAACGGAAGGCCAGUGGCCGUCAGCCGUGCCGGCGCUGCCCCGUGCUGCCAGACUGUCCCGCCGUCUUCUGCCCCGGGAGAGGCCCUUGUCAAGCCCGAGGUAGUUGACGUCCUGGUCGAGUACAACAACAAGAAGGUGUUUGACAUCAAGCUGAGGGAGCUGAAGGCCACCGUGACGACCACGAUCAGCGAGGAGGCCCCCGUGGACGACGUCAUCGCUUUUGCCAAGAAGGAGAAGAAGGACUCGAGCCUGCCCGAGGUGGACGUGCUACUGGACUUGUGGGACGCCAUGAUGGACGCCGUGCAGUGGAGCGGCAAGAACCAGCAGCAAAACACCAACCUCGCGCUCCGCCAGGUGAAGGGAUGGGGCAAGCUCCUGGGUGCUUUCUCCACCACGAGCAAGGCGGAGUUUGCGCUCAUCUACAAGGUCCAGGCCUGCUGUUACGAGGACGCCAAGCUUAUGAAGCUCUUCGCCGAGAUUGUGCGCAUCCUGUAUGACUUGGACGUGCUGGGCGAGGACACCAUCCUGACCUGGUAUCGCAAGGGGACUAACCCCAAGGGCAGGCAGGUGUUUGUGAAGGCCCUGGAGCCGUUCGUUAAGUGGCUGGAGGAAGCCGAGGAGGAAGACGACGAGUAA